AUGGAUGCCUCACACCCCGACCUCCUCGGACACUACACGACAGCGGCACCUGCUGCAGCUGCACCACCUCAGUUGCUGCUUCCCGUCAUUGGCAACAGCCCUACUGCCAGGUCCCGACCGACCCACCGACCCACCGGCACGGCAACACCCUCCGCUGCACCCGGAAAGGGUCUUUUGUUGCAACCCGCUUUGUCGUACAGCACGUCAUCGCUUAGGAAGAUACGGCUGGCUGCCUCCUGGCAGAUGAGAGCCAGCGGCGGUCUCACCUCACACUCCAGGACACCGUUGCAACCCUAUGUAACAUACAUACAUAUGGACUGA